AUGUCAGUAACGUCUUUUCUGCGACGGAUGUCCGUCGACUCAGACUCCCCGAAAUCGAGUGCUCGGUCGAGUCGCGAGUCGCGCGAGUCGCCGCGGAAGAGCAUACCUCGUCGGAGUCGCAUCGUCGCCAGCAUCGACUCGGCCCGACGACGAUUCUCCCUUCAGCACAGUAACGAUGAUUAUCAUCAAAUGCAAGCCACUGCGUUACGUGACAAGGAUCGCCUCGAUGUUGGCAGUUUGCCAGAUUUUUAUGAGGUGAGGACCGCUUGGAAGUAUGUUUACGUAUGA